GCGCUGAGGUGGCGCCGGCCAUGGAGGUGGAGGAGGAGUUCGAUAUUUUGGAUCCAGAAAGAUUAGUGCAAUGCCCGUAUGAUAAGCACCAUCGAAUCAGAGCCCGCCGUUUUCCCUAUCACCUUGUAAAAUGCAGGAAGAGCUACCCUCAGGUUGCAGAGGAGUUGUCCACGUGCCCCUUCAACGCCCGCCACCUGGUUCCUCAAGCCGACCUGCGUGAUCACAUAUCAAAUUGCAAUGACAAGCGGUUCAUUGAGGAAGAAAUAGCGAGUGAGGCCAACGACUUCCAGAGAAGGCAGAUGAAUUCUGUGAGCACAUGGCAGGCACCUCCAUGCGAUGAAGACUGGGAUACAGAGUCACUGGAGCACUCGACUUCUCCGUUUGUUCAGGGCAUGGCAGACUAUGGCAUAAACGGCACCACCUUGGAACGUAAGAGCUACCUGCCUCCAGGUUUACGUGCCCCCAAGUCAUCUCCAUAUGCCAUGGCAAGGAAGGCUUCUUGA